AUGGGACGGAGGAAUAAAUCCUAUCACAAGGACCUGCAUCAGCAGGUGUAUGACCGGCUGACCGGGAUGCAAGCGUUUGGCGAAAGCAAAAAAGAAGCGGUUGCAAACGGAACGGAUAAAGACAAGAUUUUUUCUUACAAUACCUAUAAGACGUACUGGAAGCACUCAAAAUAUUUUAUCCGGUAUUUAUCUGAACAGCAUCCGGAGUGUACUACUUUGAAGAGUGCAAGGAAGUAUGUAAAUGAAUGGCUGCAAACGAGAGUUGAUCAGGGACUGUCGGCAUGGACGAUUCAAGCAGAAGCAAAAGCAAUGGGAAAGCUUUUCGGAAUACAGCCAGAUGAUGAAGACUACUUUAAGCCGCCCAAAAGAAAUCGCUCGGAAAUAAAGAGGAGCCGCGGAGAUCGAAAGAGAGACGAGCAUUUUUCAAAGACUAACAAUGAUGAGCUGAUUAAAUUCUGUAAGGGAACAGGGUUGCGAAGGAGCGAGCUGCAGGAGCUCCGAGGGAAAGAUCUGAUAACACGCUCGCAGAUCGAAGAACGAAUAAAGCAAAUUGAAAGUAUUCCGGAAGGGGAUAGAUCUCCUCAGACUGAAAAAGAGUUGGGUAUGCUGCUUGAUACCCGGAUGUUUGAGGAAGAGUAUUUUACUCAUGUGAGAAACGGUAAGGGCGGCAGAGAGCGAAUGAGUCCUAUUAUAGGGAAGAACGCCGAACAGAUUAUUGAACGGAUCAGAAAUACAGAGCCGGAAGAAAAGGUGUGGCAGCACAUUCACAACAGCGCAGAUAUCCACGGUUAUCGGGCAGAGUAUGCUACGGCAAUGUACAAAGCCCAUGCGAGAGCCAUCGAGGAUAUUCCCUAUGAUCGGGUGAAUAAGGGAACAGGAAAGCGAUUCCAGAGCGAGGUGUAUGUCUGCAGAGUUGAUGAGGCCGGGAAAAAGCUGGACAAGGCUGCCAUGCUGAAGAGUGUGGUCGGAUACAAAGUGGUUCCUGGCGGCCACUCCGAUCCGGAGUGUUCUCAUGUCAUAUUAACUGUGAAAGAGUACGACAAGCUCGUAGGAGAGAUAAACGCGGCAAAGAGAGCUGUCCGAGAAGCAGAGCAGAAUGCGGAAGCGCAAAUUAGGAAGACAAAUAGUGCGGCAACGGCCAAAGUGCAAAGCAUAGAAGAUGCUGCAAAGGAAAGAGUAAAUAAGGCCUACAACGAACUUAACGAUAUGAAAUCUGCAUUUGAGUAUCAGAAGGGACUGAAUGAAAAUCUUCUCCGGAUAUCAAAAGAACGUGCCAAUGCAGAUAGAAAACUAAAACCCAAAAAAGAGCAUACCGGGUAUGCGGUGUGCUCAUCAACUGAAAAGGAGAUUCGGUAUAAGGACGGGAGAAGACGGCUGCAGACGGCGAUUCUCUGGGAGACGGUGCUGCAAAGUCCGUAUAGCAUUGACUUUUCGGAGGACCAGGCGCGGCAGGAAAUGUUUUCGGAUUUAUUUUCAAGGGACGCAGCUGGACACUGGAUGAUAGGCAGGAUAGGUGUUACCGCUGAGUAUGAAGAUGGAUAUGCGGACUUGAUUGAGCGCCGGGAAGAGAAGGAAUAUGAGCCAUACAAUGUAAUGCUGGAGAGAAGACUGCGAGCCAAUUACAGAACAAAGUAUUGGGAGCUGAUCUUUUUGCAUACGAAACCGCUGGGGAUAGUUCCUCCUGAUAUGAGAGCUGGGCAAGGAUGA